CUGCAAAGCAAUACUAGCACUAUAAUUAAUUAAUAUUGCAAGCGCGAAACGCAUUGCAGCUGCUCUGGAGAGACGUGCGUGUUUGCGCUUGCACAAAAAGUACUCAUGUAUGUGGAAUUAAGUCAAAAAUCGAAGAAUAUGGAGCCGGAUGAGCUCCAACCAUAUAAGACGCGAGCGAAAGUGAAUCCAGAAAAGAAAGAUAAUGAGAAAAGACGUCGCAAGGAUGCAAUGCGUAGGGUCUCAUUGAUAUUGCGUAAAUGUGACUCACUGCGCUCGCCGGAAGACCGCCAGUUUUUAGACAAGCACCCGGAUAUAGUGAAAAUCACAAAAAAACGCAAGGAACGCAUUGAAAUCUACAAGCAGCGUGUGGUGGAAAAGGAAGAUGAACAGCAUGUCAUAGAAGCCAAAGUGGAGAAAUUAGCAAACAUUAUAUCUCAGGCCAAGCAUUUGGUUUGUUACACAGGCGCCGGCAUAAGCACAUCAGCCUUAAUACCCGACUAUCGUGGCAGCAAGGGCAUUUGGACGCUGCUGCAAAAGGGCCAGGAUAUUGGCGAGCAUGAUUUGUCGCGUGCAAAUCCAACUUACACACAUAUGGCGCUAUAUGAGUUGCAUCGACGCCGGCUCCUGCGGCAUGUUGUCUCACAAAACUGCGAUGGACUGCAUUUGCGAUCAGGACUGCCGCGGCAAUCGCUCUCCGAGAUACACGGCAACAUGUACGUGGAGGUGUGCAAACAAUGCAAGCCCCAUGCUGCCUACUGGCGCCAGUUUGAUGUGACAGAAAUGACCGCGCGUUAUUCGCACAAGACGCAUCGACUAUGUCAUCGCUGCUCGGAGCCGUUGUAUGAUACCAUUGUGCACUUUGGCGAACGUGGCGGCAACAUGAAGUAUCCAUUGAACUGGACAAGCGCCACACAGCAUGCCGAACGCGCUGAUGUUAUACUCUGUUUGGGCUCAAGCUUGAAGGUGCUCAAGAAAUACACGUGGCUAUGGCAGAUGGACAAGCCGGCGCGUCAACGCGCUAAGAUUUGUGUAGUGAACUUGCAAUGGACGCCCAAAGAUAAUAUAGCUGGCAUUAAGAUCAACGGCAAAUGUGACAAUGUCAUGGAGCAGCUAAUGCGCGCGCUCAACAUAAACGUGCCUGUUUAUAGCAAGGAAAAGGAUCCGAUAUUUGCGCAUGCCACGCUCUUAAUGCCCGAGGAGUUUCAUACACUAACACAGCCGCUGCUCAAGAAUGCGCACGAGGAGGAGGAGGAAACCAAUGACACGCAGUACACCACGACAACAGAGGAGACACAAGAUUCUACCAUAUCAGGUGAUAGCUAUAGCGAGCUGCCCAUAGGCAAAGGGCCACGCAUCCGCACGCCCAACAAAAAUGGACGUUGCAUUAAAACAAAUUUGCAGCUGCGACAAAAGUGCAGCAACAGUGUACUUGCUAAGGAGGAAGUAGCGGAGGAAGUGGCGCCAGAACAAAAAGUGAAGACUGAAACUAUUGUAAAGCAGGAAGUUAAGCAGGAGGAUUUGGAAGAGCCAGUCGAGUCAAAAGCAUUGGCAACUAGUCUAGCUAUAAAUAAUAUAAAGGAAGAAGUAAAGCUGCCUAAGCUGGAGCCCAAGCCAGAGUUACAUGAAACGGACUUUAUGGAGCUGCCCAAACUGGUAGCCAUUCAGCAGCCGUAUGCACAGCCGGAGCAAACAGCCAGCGUGAAAGUGGAGCUGCAGUUGGAACCAUUACAGUUGCCGCCACUGGUGCCCAUAGGCGCUCCACUCUGCACACCCUUCAUACAACCGCAGCAGCUGACACUGCCUCCCGCAUUGCAAGCCUUGCAGCUACAAAGCGAUAGCGCCACCUGCUCGGCCGACUCCAACACAGACGAUGAUGAUGAAGAGCAGCAGGACGAAGAGGAGCAGGAGGAAGAAGAGGAGGAGGAGGAGGAACAAGCUAUUAUUGCGCAAGUGGAUUUGCUGCGAAGUCACAGCGAUAUUGAGCUCCUGCGUCAACUGCCCAGCUGGUAUGAUGCCAAGUAUGCGUAUUCUGGUCUACACAGCAUACUCAUACCCACGCCCUCAGAUCUCAACAUUUGGAACACACAGGUGGUGCCGAAUUUUGCCAUGAAUCGUGCUGCAGCCAGCUGUGAAUUUUGCUUCGAUAACUAUGCGGAGCUGGAGUGUCAGUUCUAUUUCCGCUGGCAUCUCAACGAGCGCAAGCAUAAAAAGCGAGCGCGCAGCGGACGAUUUGUGGUCUGUGAAUGCUGCCCCACUAGCGAUGAUGAAGAUGACUACGAUGAGAACAUCUCGUUGGCUCACAUAGCUGCCGCCGAAUCAGCCAAGCGUCGACUGCAGUUGAACAAUAGUUUUCCACGCAAGCUGGCACGCACCCAAGCCGGGUGGUAUGGAAAGGGCUAUAAGAAGGGACGCAAGCGCAGGUAGAACCAAUAGCCACUGCCGUCGCCGCUUCGACAUUAAAGUAUUGCUAGCAUUAGUUUAGUUUUAUCAAUUUAUAUGUAUAAUCUUAGACUUAUAUGUGCUCGUCUGUACAGUUCGUAGUUUGUAAUGUCCACUCGCAUUAGGUGUUCGUUCUAGGAUUAGGUUUUGUAUACAUUAAUGUAUUUUAAUUUGUGUGUGCGGUGUGCGUUUUUCAAUUGUCUUAAUUUUAUGUGUUUUCCGUAAAUAUUCGUUGCCGUAUCGUCAAACUAUAUGUAUGUUCAAAUAUUUAAAAAUGCUCUGGACUCAUAGUCAAACAAAUUGUAUUAUAUACAUUUGGCUUC